AUGCACAAGCGAUGGAAUCUGACGGCAUCCGCCCUGUCGGCAGCCUCCGACAGCUUUCGAUCCUCAACUCGAGGCCAGGCACGCCUGGCAUCGACACUGCAGUCCACCUACAAGCUGUACCCGACCAAGAAGGACUCGAACGGAGCAUUGCUAUCACGAGUUUCCGGACCAACAGACAAGCCGCUCUGCCAGCUUUCGCUCGGCCAGUUCUGGGAGGAAGCGGUUGCCAAGUAUGCAGAUCGUCCGGCCUUGAUAUCCAAGCAUGAGCCUGCACAUCAACAUGGCCGCACCGGCUCAGACUCGGAUGAUUGCAUUCGCUGGUCGUACGGUGCAAUGAACGAGCACGUACAAAGCCUGGUUGCUGGUCUGCUCGAGCUGGGAGUGCGAAAAGGAGACCGCGUAGCAGUCCUCAUGAUGAAUUGCUCUGCCUAUGGAGCUCUACAAUGGGCUUGCGCCGAGGUCGGAGCCGUGCUGGUGACGUUGAACCCUGCCUACAGCACCUCGGAACUUCGGCGGGCCAUCAACCUGGUCGAGGCCACCACGCUGUUCAUCGUCCCGUCUUUGCGCGGAACCAACUACCUUGACUCCAUCCUGGAGCUUCUCCCCUCCCUCACGAGCUCGACCAGCAGCUCUGGAGAUCGAACCAUGCUGCAAGACGAAUCACUGCCCAGCUUGAAGCGCGUCGUGCUAGUGGACAACCUUGACAACAGGCCGAGACACUGGGAGAGCAACAGCGUCCUGGCGCAACAGGGCAAGUCGUUCGCUGAUGCCAUGUCUGCGCUGCACAACCGAGCUAUCGACUAUCGCGAUCUCCUCGUCUCUGCAAAGUCUGCUACAUCAAAGCCUGAAGUGCUCAACACGGACGUCAUCAACCUGCAGCUCACUUCGGGGACCACCGGCAUGCCCAAGGCGGUCGCGCUUACCUCCAAAAACCUGUUGAACAACGGGAUAGCGAUCGGUGAUAAUCUCCGAUUCACGGAAGCAGAUAGGCUGUGCAACAUUCCACCGCUGUUCCACUGCUUUGGGUUGGUUCUUGGCAAUCUUGCUGCAUGGACUCAUGGAGCUUCGAUCGUCUACGCGGCCGAGGGCUUCGACCCAUUAAGAUCUCUGCGAGCCGUAUCGGAAGAGCGCUGCACGGCGAUGCAUGGCGUGCCAACACACUUCAUCGCGGAGCUCGACCUCCUCGACUCGGCGAGAGAUCACCAACGGGAUCCAGAGCGGUAUCCAUUGCCCACAGGAAUGCUGCCUGGCGAGACGUUCGACUUUUCUUCCCUGCGCACCGGUCUCACGAGCGGCUCAACCGUGCCCAUUGCCCUGAUGCAAGCUCUGGUGGACCCAGACCUGAUGCACUUGGGGUCGCAAACCGUGGUGUACGGCAUGACCGAGACCAGCCCGGUAACGUUUGGAUGCGACGUCGAUGCACCGAUCGUGAGAAGAUGCGAAACCGUCGGACGAGUAUAUCCGCACGUGCAUGCAAAGAUUGUCUCGCCUGACGAUCCCACGGGCCAGCCGCUGCCCGUGGGUCAACCCGGAGAACUCUGCACUGCAGGCUAUGUGGUAAUGGAAGGGUACUGGAAGGAUCCGAAAAGGACCGACGAAGCGAUGGAGCGACAUCCAGAUGAGCCCGACAUUGUGUGGAUGCGAACUGGCGACAUCGGUAUCAUGGACGAGGAGGGCUACGUGCGCAUCGUCGGUCGAUCGAAAGACGUGAUCAUCCGUGGCGGCGAGAAUCUCUUUCCACCAAACAUCGAGAACUGUAUUGACCGCAUCGAGGGCAUUGCGACGAACGCCGUCAUUGCUGUGCCAGACGACAAGUAUGGGGAGGCUGUUGGCGUCUUUGUGGCGCGGUCACACGCAGAGGCUCAUGUCACACCGGCAGACAUUCGUGCUUACGUCAAGAAGCACGUUGGCGGACAGAGCGCUCCUGCUUGGAUUUGGUUCCUUGGCGAGCAAGGUGUUCCCGCCGAGUUCCCUAAGACGGCGUCGGGCAAGAUUCAAAAGGUCAUCCUCCGCGACUGGGCUAAAGAUCUGGCGGCAAAGGGCCAAGGCAAAGUCGACAAGGCUUAG